AUGGAAAUGAGUAAAAACAAUACCACAGACACAGAAGGGUUUGAUGAUGGUGAUAUACGCCCCAUCAGCUUGGGAAUCGUGGACGAUUACAAUACUGCGUUCGAGUUACCUUUGAAACCAAAGUCUUCACAGAGUGAGAAUUUUUCAGAUUUAACAAGUGAAUGGGAACAAUCCAGAUCAAAUACGCCUGGUCUUCCAAACAGCAAGACCGAGAAAGUGCCGCCAUGCGGUACAGCAGAUACUUUAAGAAAUAGGAUGCGUGUAGAGCAACUGUUGGAAUCUGCUAAUGAAAUGAAUAAUUAUUUGGCGCAGAAUAUAGAGAACAUAAACAAUUUCCAGGUGGGGUUGUUGAAUGGGGGGAAAGGGUUAUAUAAUUCUAUGGGUGAUGAUUCGAGCGCACGUAUUAAUGGCACUAGUUUUAGUUCGACGUCUAAUUUUGAACUAAGUGAUGAUGAGCUUGAGGAUACCACAGGUUACACAAGUUCUAUUUUUGAUAAAGACCUUUUUCACCAACAAAAUGGGUUAAACAUACCUCGCCGUAGGUCACCACUCUUCAAAUCUCCAACUGCUAGUUUCGAAAUUGGCGAUGCUACGGAUGUGGAGGAGCAAGAUGUUGAAGGCUCUAUUUUUUCCGAAUGUAGCAGCAUUACAAGCUUUGAUAUAGGAGGAUUGCAUAUCAGUCCACCACAUGAUGAAAAAGAAGAUCAAGAAAGAACUAAGCUUGAAAGCCAAAAUCCACUGCUACGUGGCAUAUCGAUUGAUGUAGAAGUUCCUCAUAUAUCGGUUGAUGAAGCUCUGGCGAAUUUUAAGCAAACAAUAGAAAUACUACUAAAACUUAGUGGCAGUAAAAAGUGCACCGGUUUUAAUACUGGAGUGGAGAAGAAAGAAUACUCAAACUUUUAUAUGAAGAGUAAGCCGACCUUGUCAUCAGCAGAUUUCCUCAAGAGAAUUCAAAACAAAUGUGAAUAUCAACCAACUGUUUACCUUGUAGCAACGUUUUUAAUAGACACGCUAUUUUUAACAAGGAAUGAAAGCGGCAAUCACGUUUUGCAAUUGAAGUCAAAACUACAGGAAAAGGAGGUCCAUCGAGUAAUAAUAGCAGCGGUAAGACUGAGCACAAAGUUAUUGGAAGAUUUCGUUCAUUCGCAUGAAUAUUUUAGUAAAGUAUGCGGUGUCUCUAAACGGCUUUUGACUAAAUUAGAAGUAAGCCUAUUGAUUUGUUUAUGCAAUACUGAACUAAUGGUCAGUAAUAGAAAACUAGCCGCUGCACAGUUACUUUUGAAUGAACUACGGUCUUGCUGUAAAUAG